UCACCUGUCACUUGUCACUUGUCAUUUUAAUAACAAUUCUUUUCACACAAAUUAAAUCAAAACACAGAGCAAGUAAUUAACAAACAGUUGUAAUUUCCAAUAAUAUGUACACGUUAAUUAAAAAACACCACAUUUCUGUCAAACUGGUGGUGUGUCCAGUUCCAAAAAUUUCAGUUCUGUGAUAGUGACCCAUUGGGGUGAUUUUUUUAAUUACUGAAGAAGAAAUAACGAGUUUAUCAGGGUUAACCCCGUUAUCAUAACAGUUACAAACAAAAAAACAAAAUAAUCAGCAUGUUUCAAAAAUUCAAAAGCACCGAUUUGCCCAAACAAGACUUAAACGACCACAAAUUCGACGUUCGUGAAGAUGAAGAACAGUCGGUGAAACUCCAAGAAAUAAUUGAUUUACUAGUGGCUGCUGGAUAUUUCCGUGCAAGAAUUAAGGGCCUCUCACCCUUCGAUAAAGUCGUGGGGGGAAUGACCUGGUGUAUCGAAUCUUGCAACGUAGACGUAGACGUUGACCUUUUAUUUCAAGAAAACUCCACGAUUGGGCAAAAAAUUGCAUUAACCGAGAAAAUCGUUAUAGUAUUGCCCAAAUUGAAGUGCCCUCACAGUAUCGAGCCACAUCAAAUACAAGGCUUGGACUUUAUCCAUAUUUUCCCCGUGAUACAAUGGCUUGUAAAAAGGUCCCUAGAAUUCAGACAAGAAAUGUCGGAGUUUGUGAGAAAAUAUGCCGUCAAUCAAUACCACAAAGCUUUUGGUCGCAACACAAAAAAAGAGACAAAUAUUUUGAAAAAUAUAAACCUUGUGAACGAGAUUUAUGCCCCGAAAAGGUACUACAAGCGAAAAAAUGCCCCGCCCCCUGAAAUACAAGCUCAAGUCCAAAUCACACUCCUUGAAUAUGGAAACGCCACUAAACAUAACAUUGAAACUUUAACUAAUGAAAGUGUGGAACAUGAGGAUUUAAACACUGAAGAUUUAAAAAAUCUCGCAGAACAUUACACUUCCCUACAGUUGGAAUUUAAGACUGGUGGUUUGAAACACUUACAAGAAAAACAAAAAGCGACUCUUGAGGAACAGCUUCGUAUAAUUACCGAAAAAUGUGAUAAACUCGCCACUAAAAAAUCCACACUCCAUGAGAAAUUGACCAAUAUUGAAGCACAAGACCAAGAAAUCAAAACUAAAAUUCAAGAUUUGAGUGCUAAAAUCAAGGAGUUGAAACAAAAUGAGAAUGACAAGACACGAAUUGAAGAAGUGGAAGAGUUGGUGAUGCUUAACGAAAAUUUGAAAAUGCAAGAAAGUCAGUUUCGGGAGUAUUGUAAGAGGGAAAUGGCCCAACUUCAAAAAAAAAUUGAGGAAAUCAAAAAUGGGGAAACGGUGGUGGAAAAUGAUACAGAUAAGAUACCAGAAGAAUUAAUAGAAAAUGUGAGGGUGAUUCGUUUGCAUUUGGCGAAACGUAACAGAACAGUGGCUGCUUUGCGUCGACAAAUUGAUGAUGUUCCCAAUAGGCCCGAGUUGGCUCAAUACCAACGAAGAUUUCUCGAGUUGUACAAUCAAGUUUCUGCAAAGCAUAAAGAAACGAAACAAUACUUCACACUUUACAAUACUCUAGAAGAUACGAAAUUCUACAUGAAGAAAGAGUUGUCGUUGCUUAACUCAGUUUCUGAUAGCUAUCCCGAGGCUAUGCUGUCGGCUAGUGGCAAAGAAGAAUUUCUGAAACAGUUUCAAAAUAUCGUCGAAGGGGUGAAACACUCAAAGGAAAAAGUUGAGAGGAAAUUAGUGGAUGAGAAGCGAAAAAGGGAUCAGUUAAGUGCAGCUUUACAAGUCUUGAUAGAGCAGCAAAGAAAAUACGUUGCUGCAAUUCGUCAAUUGAGUAUUGAAUGUAAAAAACAUGAAGCUCUUGUAGCUGAAUAUAAAUGUUGAAUUUUAUAAGUGUGUAUGUUAAAAAUAUUCUUUACCUAUAUUUAAUAAAUUUGAUACUUGG